GAACUCUGCUUAGGUUUGAAAACUCCAAAGACUCAAAGAGGGAGGUAUUUUAUUAGGUUCUGCUCUUUUUAUCAAAGUCGGAUGACUCAAAAAAUCUAUCUAUCGCAGACUGUGAGGGAUUUCAAAAGUUAAACUAAAGCGAAAAAAAGUCGCAAUCUAUUUUCGUAAAUCUCCAUCCACCUAUCCCAUCUCCACUCCGGAGAGACGUCUGCGGUUCAACAGCCGCUUGAGCAGCCCCACGCCGAGGUGCCGCAUAAACUAAGUAAAGCAAAAUGAAUCGAAGCAUCGGUUAGUGGAGGAUACGUGGAGCUAUUUUUAAGCACUGGGGCGACAUUUUUCUUAUUUUGCGAAAAACAAAUAUGUGCAAAAAGAACAAAUAAACAAAAAUAAAGAGCAGGCCGCACGAUAUUAAUAAAAGCAGCGCUGCUUCUGCGUUGGAUUCGGGUGCGGGAUUUUGGUUCUGCGGACCGAUCGUGGGCCCGUCCACUGCAUUCGUGAUUUCGCCCGUGGAGUUGCACAUCGUCGUCGUCGGGAUCGUGUUGCUGCUACUACUUGCGGAGAAAGUGAGAAUUUAUAGGCGCAAUGAAUGUGGAGAAGCUAAAGCGCCUUCAGGCGCAGGUUCGGAUCGGGGGCAAGGGUACUCCGCGUCGCAAGAAGAAGGUCAUGCACCAGACGGCGGCCACUGACGACAAGAAACUUCAGAGUUCGCUAAAGAAGCUGUCCGUCAGUACGAUUCCAGGCAUCGAGGAAGUGAACAUCAUUAAGGAUGAUCUCACGGUCAUCCACUUCAACAACCCCAAGGCCCAGGCCUCGCUGUCGGCCAAUACUUUUGCCGUUACGGGGCACGGAGAGACCCGGAAAGUGGUGGAAAUGCUGCCGGAUAUUUUGCCCCAGUUGGGACAGGAAACCGUUGUCCAACUAAGGAUGUAUGCCAACUCUAUGAACAACCAAAAGGCUGCUUCCCGUGCGGAGGGAUCUGCUGCUGCUCCCGCCGAAGAGGAGGAUGACGUUCCACUCCUAGUCGGCGACUUCGACGAGGUGGCCAAAGUGGAGGCAGCGGCUAAGCAGGAAUCUUCACAAAAGCCGCCAACAGAAGAUAAGCAAAAGCAGCAGGCUCCCAAGAAAGAUAACCGGAAGAAGGCAGAAGAAAAGCAACCAGUCGAAGAAACAACGACCAAUGAGAAGGCUAAGGAGAAACAGGAAAACAAAAAACAAGCGAAGAGUGGAAAGAAAAUGGAAAACCAAGGAAAUAAGGAGAAGCAAAACAAAAAUAAGGACCAGUCUAAAGCACAGUCCAUUUCGGAAGAGAAGACCAACAACUCAAAGCCUUCAACCGAACCUAUACCACCGAAGAUGACAGAAACUCCUAAACCAACUGCUCAGGAUCAACAAAAACCUGAACCAUCUCAAACGCCCGUACCAAAUGCUGCUGUCCAAACUACUGAAGUGAAACCCAUUGAAUCAAAGGUCGAAUCCAAACCUGAAAAGAAGUCUGAACCACCAAAGCCCAAUGGGCCGAAUGUGGAUACGGAACUCGCUAAAAAGAUAGUUACUCCACAGCCCGUGGGAGAAAAGGCUGAGAACAAGUCCUUACAGCAACAGCAGGAACCGAACAAGCCUCAGGCUUUGGCCGCGGCUUUACCGCCUUCUCCUACUCAAACUCUCGCCCAGAUUGUGGCAUCGGAAUCAUCUGGACCAUCAACUCCAGCUGCUCAGACCCAAGGAAAACAGGACGCGGAUGCAGUUUGCGUGCCUAAAAGUGUAGAAGAAACAAAGGACCUACCACCACCAGUCAAUACUCCCACUCCUCUUCCUGAUUCCCAAAAUGAUAAACCAAAAUCGCCUGUGGAAAAGCCCAAGCUAGCAACGCCUCAGAAAUCUACGCCAGAGAGGCAAAGUCCACCCACUCAGCCCCAGGAGAAAGCAAAGCAGAAGGCUUCAGCGGCCCAGGCCCAGGCCAAACAAGUGACGCCUCCCAUUAAUGAGAGUGUUAAAGCAGCUGCGACAGCUAAAGCUCCUGCGUCUGCUCCUUCGGGUCCUGCCCCAGUUCUUGAACCAGCUUCUCCUGUUGCCGCUUCUCUCCCAAAAGCAUCAUCACAGCCUGAUGAAGAAAUCAAAAAGGAGUCGCCUCCUCCUGCUAAGAAAGAGUCGCCACCUCCUGCCAAGAAAGAGUCGCCUCCCCCUGCUAAGAAAGAAACGCCUCCUCCUACUAAGAAAGAGUCGCCACCUCCUCCUAAGAAAGAGUCUCCUCCUCCUGCUAAGAAAAAGACGCCUCCUCCUGCUAAGAAAGGAUCGCCACUCGCUGAGGUGACACAAGUUUCACCCAAAGCCCCUUCUGCAGCCCCUUCGCCUCCAACAACCGAGGCGGCUUCUCCAGCGGCUCCCUCGACGCCACCGCCUUCUCCCAUAUCGGUACCCGUCUCAGCCGCAGCUGGGACACCUCCUUCGCCAGUAACGGAGGCUCCGUCCCCACCAUUACCUACUCCAGUGACUCCACCUGGACAAAAACAGGGCCCAGCAGCCGCAAAAAAACAGGAUGCCUCCCAGAAACCACAACAAAAACAGCCAUCCUCGAGGCCUGGACCACCACAACAAGGUCAGCAGGGGCCGCAAAAGCAGCUACCAGGUGGAAACAAACAGCAGAACCCCAAGCAGGUAAACCCAAAUGCUAAAGCAGGUACGACCCCAAAGCCGUCAGCGGCUCAGGGCCCACGCCCAUCGCCUCCAAAGACAUCUAGCUCAGCAAAUCAGCAACCACAGACCAAAGGAUCCAACAAGGCACCAUCUCCAAAGCAGGCCCCACCUGCUGGUGGGCAACAGAAGACUGUGACGCCCUCCUCGAAGACCUCGCUCUCGCCGAAAGCGCCUGCCUCUCCAAAAACUGCUUCCCCGAAAGCAGGUACUCCGCCAACUCCAAAUCCUACUCCCGCUGCCGCAGCCAACCCGGCUCCGGAUGCCUCCAGCCCAGCAGCUUCCAAUUAAUUAGUGACACCUUCGGUCGGUUUUCUGCAUUUUGAAUACAAAUGCAUUUUG